AUGGGGGCUGGUGGGCUGUCUGAGACUGGGCUGCAGGGAGGGAUAAGCAUCCCCUCUGCUUGGCCAACCUGUGAAGUCCUGGCUGCCAGGGGAAGGAUGGGGUUAGGAAAACUCGAGGAAAAUAUUACUCAAAGGAAAGGGGGAGUCCCACUGCAGAACUUAAAAAUGCCACUGCUUUGCCUGGCCGCUUUGGCCAGGAGCCUCCCACGUGCAACAUGACAGCAGGAGACUCCCACGAGAGCUCACACCAGGGCAAGGAGCCCACACCAAAGGGAUGAUCUGCUGGUACCGUACUGUGCCAUCACUGGUGUAAAAGGGCUUGCACUGCCGGCAUCCACACCAGCUCCCCAGCACUGCGUGAGGAGCUGCAAAUGCAUAGGAAGGGGGGGGGGAAGUUGGAGUAAGUUGGGUAUUUUAAUUUUUUUAAUUACUUCAAAAAAAAUAACAAACCAAAACAAAUGCAAGGCAGAAUGGCUUUGCGAGCUCUGCAAAAAAUCGAUGGCUGUGAGAGGGGCCAGUGUGCAGUGCAGUAGGGUUAGGCAGGGGAGGGCAGCAUGGUGGGGCUGGUUGAGCCAGCUCCCUUUAAAAUUUCCUCCUCCGAGUCUUCCCCAUGCAGCCCCACUCAGCCCCAACCACCCUCCGGAUCUGCCCUCUUGCCGUUCAGGCGUUGCCUGCCUUUCCUCCUUCCUCGGGAGCGGGUGAUGCACAGGGCCGUGGGUGACAAGACAGUUAUUUUGCAAGACUCCCACACCUCUCCCUACCUUUGGCCCCAUGUCCCAGUCCCGUGCGUGCUGCCACAGCUCAUAAGGAAGCAGGAGGGGACAUGCUGUCCUGAUGCCCUCUGGCUGCACCCACACCCGAGUGCUGCGGGGUGAGGGGGGUCCCAGGCUGGGGUCCCUCAUGAGGUCAUGGCUUUCCCCUCAGGCAGCCUGGCUGGGCAUCAACAUCUUCCUCUUCACAUACUACUUUCUGUUCUUCAAUCGGGAUGAGCGGUACUUCUACACCAGGGCCAUCCUCGGGUCUGCCUUGGCGUGGGCACGAGCGUCGGCCAAGUGCCUCAACUUCAACAGCAUGCUGAUCCUGCUGCCCGUCUGCCGCAACCUCCUCUCCUUCCUCCGCGGGACCUGCUCGUGCUGCAGACGGACACUGCGGAAGCAGCUGGACCACAACCUCACCUUCCACAAGCUGGUGGCCUACGCGCUGGCCCUGUUCACAGCUGUGCACACCAUUGCUCACCUCUUCAACCUGGAGCGCUACAACCUCAGCCAGCAAGCCACCGACGGCAGCCUUGCUGCUGUCCUCUCCAAGAUGCACCUGCAGGGCAGCAAACAGUGGCUGAACCCCAUCCACUCCAACCAGACAACCGUUGAGUACGUGGCCUUCACCACCAUCCCAGGGCUGACGGGGGUCAUCAUCACGCUGGCGCUCAUCCUCAUGGUCACAUCCUCCACCAAGUUCAUCCGCAGGAACUACUUUGAGGUCUUCUGGUACACGCACCACCUCUUCCUCAUCUACUUCGCUGGCCUGCUCAUCCACGGCAUUGCCGGGCUGGUGCGUGGGCAGACAGAGGAGAGCAUGAAGGAGGUCCCCCCCCAUCACUGUGCUGACUAUCUCACAGACAAGGACAAGGACUGCAGUCACAACUGCUGCAAGGACCCCGAGUUCGGAAGCAUCCCCGCUGAGUCCUGGAAAUGGGUUCUGGCCCCAGUCAUCCUCUACAUCUUUGAGCGGAUCCUCCGGGUCUGGCGUGCACGGCAGAAGGUGGUUGUCACCAAGGUGGUCAUGCACCCUGCCCGCGUGCUGGAGCUGCAGAUGCAGAAGAAGGGCUUCCGCAUGGAGGUAGGGCAGUACAUCUUUGUCAACUGCCCCACCAUCUCCCUGCUGGAGUGGCAUCCCUUCACCCUCACCUCGGCACCUGAGGAGGACUUCUUCUCCAUCCACAUCCGGCUGGCCGGCGACUGGACGGAGCGUCUCAUCGACACCUUCCAGCAGCAGAUGCUGGAGAUGCCCAGGAUCGAGGUGGAUGGCCCUUUUGGCACGGCCAGCGAAGAUGUGUUCCAGUAUGAGGUGGCCAUGCUGGUGGGAGCAGGCAUCGGUGUCACCCCUUUUGCCUCCAUCCUGAAGUCCAUCUGGUACAAGUUCCAGCAGGCUGACCAGACCCUCAAGACCAAGAAGAUCUACUUCUACUGGCUCUGCCGGGACACAGGAGCCUUCGCCUGGUUCAACGACGUGCUUGCCUCACUGGAGCAGAAGAUGGCUGAGUCGGGCAAGGCAGACUUUCUCACCUACCGUCUCUUCCUCACUGGCUGGGACACCUGCAUUGCCAACAAUGUGGCGCUCCGCUUCGACACGGCUAUGGACACGCUGACAGGCCUCAGGCACAAAACCAUCUUUGGGCGGCCCAUGUGGAACAACGAGUUUGCGGCAGUGGCUGCAGCCCACCCUAGGUCGGUGGUCGGCGUGUUCCUUUGUGGGCCGGGGGCCUUGGCAAAGAGCCUGCAGAAGUCCUGCCACCAACACUCCAGCCUGGACCCCAGGAAGGUCCAAUUCUACUUCAACAAGGAGAACUUCUGAGUGGCAGCCAGGCUGGGACCCUGCCAGUCUCGCCUCAACCCCAGAACAAGUUGGCGUGACCAGGGAUAAGCACCCGCUGAAGGGCGCGUGCACAGAAUCCAGGCAAGACACAGCAAGGUACUCCUCCUCUGUGAGAAACUCCAGGUUCAAAGACUGCCGCCUUCUCAACCUGGUCUACAAGGGGUCCCCACAGAGGGAGUGGGCCUGCAGCUCUGCACAGCCCCCCAUCAAGAAACCAGAGGCACGUACUGCGACGAGGCUGCUGCUGGAGCAGUGGGAGCGCCCAGCGGGCUGGGCAGAACCGCAGGACGGGGAUGGGGACUGGAGAGGGGCACGCCGAGCAGGCACUGGGGGCCAGACGUGCCCAUCUGGGUUUAAACAGACC